UUAAAGCAAAAACAUCAAUGGACGAACCGCACAAACCAGACCAGACAUGUGGGCCCACACUGCCUAAUACCCUUUCCUUUCCCCUUUCUCUCUCCGACACUCUCGCUCUCUCAUUUCCAUCAACAUUCCCACCUAACCGUCCCGUUUAUCAUACUCUUCUUCUUCCCUCAAAACUAUUCAAUUCCCUUCAAAUUCUUCCACCACCCCUUUUCCUUAUUCUUCCUCAAUUCUCCCAAAAAUCAUAUUUUUACCGUUCUGAUUGGUUUUUCAGCUUGUGGGUCGAUGUCAACUGUGUCGAAAGAUGACAACUUGGUGCUGUCUUCGGAGGACUCUUCGUGCCCAGAAGAGUCUGAGCUUGAAUUGGGUCUUGGCUUGAGCCUCUCUUCUGGCCCUUCAUCAAAGUCUCAUCACCACCAUGUUCAUGCUCCUACAACUCUUUAUGCUAGAAUUUACACUGCUAAGGAUUUUCCUUCUUCCGCAGCAGCAGCAUCAUCAUCACCUUCCUCUUCUUCCUCUUCGUCUCCCAACAUCACUGCCGGCACCAAGAGAGCUGCUGCUGAUUCUCUUGUUGCCAAUAACCGUCCCGGUCAAGUAGUUGGAUGGCCUCCACUUCGAACAUAUAGAGUGAAUAGCUUCAAUAGCCAUGCAAAAUCAACUGAAGUAUUCAACUCUGUGGCUGAGAAGAGUAAGAUAAAUAAUACUGUGGUCAGGAAGACUAAUGACAAUGACAAUGAUAAUAACAUAAAUGCCAAAGAAAAAAGACACCUCAGGAGUUCCCUGUUCGUCAAGGUAAAUAUGGACGGGAUACCAAUUGGAAGGAAGGUUGAUUUGAGUGCCCAUAGUUCCUAUGAAACCUUAGCACAAACAUUGGAGGAUAUGUUUAAUGAAUCAACUACAGUCACCACUUGCAAAGGAUCAAAUGGUGAGGAUUAUGGCAUUAUUAUCGGAGGAGAAAGACAUUCAAAAUUGUUGGAUGGAUCUUCCAAGUUUGUGCUCACUUAUGAAGACAAGGAAGGAGAUUGGAUGCUUGUUGGGGAUGUUCCCUGGGGGAUGUUCCUUAGCUCGGUGAGGAGGCUAAGAAUCAUGAGGACAUCUGAGGCUAAUGGACUUGCACCAAGAUUGGAAGAAAACAUCAAACAGAGAUGCAAGCCCAUAUAGAUACUGUUUUCAUGGCUAAGGACACGAAGAACCUGUCAAAUAGAUGAAGAGAAAAAACAGAACAGAAAAGUAAAGGAAUAUUGCAAGUAUAUGAAGUUUUGAGAUUUGAAUGAUAAAAUCUCGCACUUUUGUUUAAUUAAUUCAGUUUGUUUGUUUGUUUAAUUUGGUAUAUUUGUCGCUGCCUCUCUAUUCAUCUCACUUGGAGGGUGCAGGCAUCAUAGAUUUUCAUGCAAUACUACUAAUCAUACAAGUCAGCCUGCUUGUUAGUGUUGUAAAUGUGGGAUGUUUGCUAACUAUCUCAGCUAUAAAGUAUUGUUUGAACUUUA